CAUCAAUCCCGUUACCAUGGAUAUCGAUGACAUCCUCGCCUCUGUCGACCGCCAUGACGCCUCUUCUCCCGAAUCAACCGCACUCGACUACCAGCUUUUGACGCGGUCUUGGGUCGCGGAGAGAGCUGUGUCGGAGGUAUUACCGUGGCCCGGGCCAUUGAUGGAGAGGGUGAUGGAGAGAAUAAGGAGGCAGAUCGAAAUCAUUGAAGACCUCGCAUCAACCCCAGCAAACAACAACCCUACGCUGAACCUCAAACUAUCAAUCCUCCAAACCGAUCUCUCAAGAACCCAAUACCUCGUCCGCUCUCUACUCAGACAGCGUCUAGCGAAACUCACAAAAUACAGCAUGCAUUACCUCCUCGUGAUAUCCGCACAGGGGAGCAAUUCACAGCCGCAAUCUCAAUCGCAACCAAACUCACAACACCAACAACCAGAAGACUCCGUUCCUCCCCUCCCAACAGACCCAAGUCAGACGACCCCUCUAUCCUCGCAAGAGGCAGUGUUCCUCAACUCCCAUCAACGUCUCCUCGCAACGCAUUAUGGCUCCUCAUUCCUGAAUUCCUUCCCGCCGCAACUGAGACGCCUGGACGAUAACGCUGGUGGAACGAGCAUGAUACAGGGCCCUGAGACGAAGGAGGCUGUGUUUGUCCGCUGUCUCGUUGAUGAGGUACGGGUUAUCGUGCCGCCGGGGGAUGGGAUUGAAGAGGAGAUGGAGGGGGUCACGAUGCGCAUGGGUGAUGUUUGGGUGGUUAGAUGGGAGGGAGUGAAGAAGGCUUGGGAGAAGGGGGAGGUAGAGGUUCUUUAGCUUUUUAUCUUUUAUUUUUUGUCUUUCUCUUUUGGUUAAUGUGCAUGCAUGGAUGCGUGGUGUGUAUGGAAUGGUAUGUGAUAUCCCACUGUCUCUGGUCAGGCGUUAUGUUACUAUUCUAUCUGGUUGGUGUUUGGAUAUGUGCCUCAUUUCUACCUAAUGAUGUCUAUCUAUAUAGAGGAAAGCAUUGGAGCAUGGCAGUGAAAAUAUCAUUCUAC